UGAAAACAUUUUUCAUUUCCGGUUUAAGCACUGCUACCUUUGGGAACUUUUUCAAGUCAUAUUAUGAGCUAUAAAUAACUCACGUGUGAAAUGUAAAAGAAAAAACCCUGAGCUGCCAAAAUGGGUGAUAUAUUACAUUCCCAAGAAUACCAAAGCUUUAGAGCAAGUGUGCCGCAGAAAAGGGUAGCUGUAGAUGAUGACCCCAGUAAGGUGUGGACUAUCUAUGAUGCUGGUCCCAAGAACGUCCGCUGUCCACUGAUAUGUAUGCCUCCAGCCAGUGGUACAGCAGAUGUCUUCUUCAGGCAAAUCCUGGCUCUCACGGCAAAAGGAUACAGGGUCAUUGCAGUGGAAUAUCCUACUUACUGGAAGAUGAAGGAAUUUUGUGAAGGAUUCAGGAAGCUUCUGGAUCAGCUGCAACUUGAUAAGGUUCAUAUAUUUGGUGCUUCUUUGGGGGCUUUCCUAGCUCAGCAGUUUGCCCAGUACACACACAUUUCUCCACGAGUCCACUCCCUCAUCCUGUGCAAUUCUUUUGUAGACACCACAGUGUUUCAACAGACCAAUUCAGCCCCCUUGUACUGGAUGAUGCCUGCUAUCUGGCUCAAGAGAAUGGUGAUGGGCAUUUUUGCUCAAGGAGUUGUAGAUGGUGACAUUGCAGACUCUAUUGACUUCAUGGUGACCAAACUAGAUAGUCUUGACCAGCAGUCACUGGCAGCCAGAUUAACAUUGAAUUGUAUGAACUGUUAUGUUGAACCACAGAAGCUGCAGAAUGUCAACAUUACACUGAUGGAUGUGUUUGAUGAAUGUGCCUUGUCAGAUUCUGUGAAAGAAGAAAACUGCAAAUAUUAUCCAGAUGCCAAAAGAGCUAUUUUAAAAAGUGGUGGUAAUUUCCCUUACCUGAGCAGGAGUGAGGAGGUCAAUGUCUUUAUUCAGAUCCAUUUAAAGCAGUUUAAUGCCACCAGAUUCAGUGCCAUGGAUCCAGAAUACGACCCUCUCGCCAAUGUGGAUAUCACACAAGUGCCAUCAAAGCCGAGUGAUUCCAGGACAACUGAUGAUGAUGACACAGAGAUGCGUAACAGGAAGUUGGUGGCUUGGCAUACAAUGCCUGCUGUAGAAAGCUCAGCCAAUCAUCCGCCAGACCCAGGGGGUCACACGGCAAUGCCCAGGGGUCAGUCCUCUGACCCAGGGACACAACUGACCAACUGUGGUUGUCUACAGAGGCGUCAUCAUCGCGUAGUUCCAGAACCUUUCCAUGGUGAAAGAUUUAACCGUAUUGAAAUCCGUCCAAAUAGGUGGCUUCGCAUCCGCCAUAUUAAUCCCAGAUCCAGGGAUAAAGACUUUGAGAAAGAAUAUGAGACAUUUCUUGAAUGUCAGAGAUUGGGGCGACCGUACAUUCCUAAAGGAUCUCCAGCAUAUAGCAUGAAAAAUGGCAGGGAACCGCAAUACCUAGCCAAUGGCAAGUGGAAAAAAACUAGUCAUACAGUUGAAGAACACCCUUUUUCUCCAUACGCCGGGAAUCAGCAGGCAAUUAGUAUUGACGAUGGAGCAGAAAAUCAAAAUAAUUCUUUACAGCAUCCAAUGGUUGCGACUUUAGAGGGGCAACAAGUUGACAACUCUGAGAGUAGAGUUGCUACUGCUUCUAGUGUUAAAAUCACUGAAAACAAUGUCCCUGGUUCUAUCAGUGAUGACUCAGCAAUUCAGAGUUUUAUAGAAUAUAACACCACUUUAUCUUCUCAUACAAGUGUCACAAAGAUGAAAAUGAAUGAGGAUGGAAUAGUUGACAAAGCACGGCAUCCAAAGCUAGAAUCUCAAGAUAAAACAUAUUUUGUCAGUUCACCAGGAGACCCUGUCCUCAGCACUCAGAGCUCCACCAGUCACGAAACCACUCCACCUGUGAUGAGAGUUGACACCAAAGGAGAAGUGACCAGUCAUGGAGCUGUGUUGUUUUUCAUUCAUGGGGUGGGAGGCUCCUCAGAUAUCUGGCAGGCACAGCUAGACUUCUUUGGAGAUGAGGGCUAUGAAAUCAUUGCUCCAGACAUGUUGGGGCAUGGGUUUAGCGGAGCACCAAACAAUGCCAAGGACUACAGCUUUCAGGCUCUGCUACAAGACAUGCUGGCUGUGUUUGAUAAGUUUUGCAAGAAACACAAUGUUCUCAUAGGACAUUCAUAUGGUACUUCCUUUGCCACAGCCUUAGCCAAGAAGCGUUCUAGGUGGACGUCAAAAUUGAUAUUGAUAAACGGUGGAGGGCCCACGCCCCUGGCCCCGCAGCCAGGAGUUUUCCAGUGGCCAACAUGGAUGUUAGCAUGUAUCAAACCUAUCCUUGUCUGUGGAUUUCAGAAAAGUGCAUUUCAUAAAGAAAGCAAGAAAACCUAUGUCCCUAAAGAGAAGGCAUUAGACGUCCCCACUUACAUCUUGAAGCACAUGAUGAAUGGUCAGGUUUGGCCCGAGGGCAACGCAGAGUUCCACCAGUGGCUGAAUGUACCAACACUGCUCAUAUUUGGACAGGAUGACCAACUGGUCAGUCUGGAGGAGGAGAUUGAAAUGAAUAUGGUUAUCUAUGGAUCAAAACUAGAGGUGAUAGAGAAUGCCAGUCACAUGGUGAUGAUGGAAAAACCUGAUGAGGUCAGUCAGUUGAUUUAUGACUUUCUGCUCCAAGGCCGGGCAGUCGUCAGGUCAGCAGUCGGCCCAGAGGUCAGAUCUGAAUCCAGAAGCAAGAGAACAUUGUCUGCCAGUUCUGUUAGGAGCUUUCCUGGACAUUUACUGAACGCAAAGAUUGUAUAACAGAAGUUUGCUUCACAUUUCAGACAUGAGCUUUUUCCACAGAAAAGCGGAAUUCCAUGUUUUUUAAUUCAAUUCUGAUGGUUCCUCAGAUUUGUCAUGGUUAGCUGUUGGGUCCCAUUAUAAAUGUUCAGUUUUUUUUUUUUUUUUUUUUUUUUUCAAAACCUAGGCUCAUGUCUGAUAUUUGUCAUGCUAGAUGUGAUGCUCAAACAUUGUGGAAUAAAUAAUAUUUUAUAUUUGAUAAUUUAGAAAUAUUUUCCUUGAUGGGGACAGCAGGACUGUGCUCCAAUAAGAAUAUUUUACAAACAACCAGAGGACCAAGAUUUAAGUGUGGUUAAAGUACAGAAUUAUCUCUAGCUGUUUCAAACAAGAGCAUGUUUUUCUUUGAAGAGAAUGAAGAAUAUUUCUGACCUAUUUUAAUCAAGUAUUAUGUGAAACAGAAUCUCAUCAUUUACAUUUUCUGAAAUAAUAACCAUGUGUAAAGAUGUCAAAAACCUUCUCAUCUAUAUUGCUUGAGUAACAAAAAAUAUUUGGACCUAUUAAAUUUGUUUUUUAAGGUUGAACUGCACACACUCAAACAUUUCUAUUUUAAAAUCCAAUGUCAGUGCUUUUUCACUCUUUUUAUGCUGGUAAACUUGCAGCACUGCACAGGCGUCAUUCACCAUUUUAUGAGAGCAAGUGUUUGCAGGAAUUGUAGCGGAAAACCCUUGUCU